AUGGCUGUCGGCCGGAGGAGGAGGCUGGCCCCGCUCUGGGCCCUGGCUCUUGCCUUGGCCUGUGCCCAGCACACAGGCCAUGCCAAGUACAGCUCCUCAGAAUCCAGCUACAAGUACUACCCGGAUCUCCCUCCUGUCCAGCUGGGGCCAGGUGGUGACCCACUCAGUGGGGUGACCAUCUUCUCACCAUUGAAGACGAUCCCCAUCGUACAAGCCCUGAACCCGGCACACAACGGGCGGGUCUGCAGCACAUGGGGCGACUUCCAUUUCAAGACCUUUGACGGCGACAUCUUCCGCUUCCCUGGCCUCUGCAACUAUGUCCUGGCCUCGCACUGCCGUGCCGCCUACGAGGACUUCAACAUCCAGGUGCGCCGUGGCCAGGACGCCACACCCAGCAAGGUCACCAUGAAGCUUGACGGCAUGGUCCUUGAGCUGACCAAGAGCUCCGUCACUGUCAAUGGCCACCCGGUCCAGCUGCCCUUCAGCCAGUCCGGGGUUCUUGUCGAACAGAACAGCAUGAACCUGAAGGUGGUGGCCCGGAUGGGGCUGGUCUUCAUGUGGAACCUGGAUGAAAGUCUCCUGCUGGAACUGGAUGAUAAAUAUGCCAACCAGACUUGUGGGCUCUGUGGGGACUUCAACGGCCUCCGCGUUUUCAACGAGUUCCUCUCCAACAACAAGGACAAGCAUGACACGAAGCCCAUCUUCCCGGCUGCAGCGGCCAAGGCAUGCCCCUUCAACAUGGAACACCAUGAGUGCGGCCUGCCCUGCCCCAACACCUGCUCCAACCUCGAGCGUGCCCAGCUGUGUGAGGACCACUGCGUCAGUGGCUGCUUCUGUCCCCAGGGGAUGGUGUUUGAUGACAUAAGCCAGAACGGCUGUGUCCCCGUGGCCCAGUGCUCGUGUGUGUACAACGGGUUCUCCUACCCACCUGGUGCCAUCUACUCUACUGACUGCACCAACUGCACCUGCUCCGGGGGCCGCUGGAGCUGCCAGGAGACCCCGUGCCCCGGCACCUGCUCAGUGCUGGGGGGUGCCCACUUCUCCACCUUCGAUGAGAAGCAGUACACAGUGCAUGGGGACUGCAACUACGUGCUGGCCAAGCCCUGUGAUGGCAGCAGCUUCACCGUGCUGGCCGAGCUGCGCAAGUGUGGACUGACAGACAGCGAGACCUGUCUGAAGAGCGCGACCCUCAGCCUGGCUGGGGGACAGACCGUCAUCGUGAUCAAGGCCAGUGGCGAGGUGUUCAUCAACCAUAUCUAUACACAGUUGCCCGUCUCUGCAGCCAACGUGACCAUUUUCAGGCCCUCGACCUUCUUCGUCAUCGCCCAGACCAGCCUGGGCUUGCAGCUGGACAUCCAGCUGGUACCCACCAUGCAGGUCUUCCUGCGGCUGGCGCCUGCGCUCCGGGGCCUGACCUGUGGUCUCUGUGGGAACUUCAACAGCAUCCAGGUGGAUGACUUCCGGACCAUCAGUGGGGUAGUGGAGGGCACAGCUGCUGCCUUCUUCAACACGUGGAAGACCCAGGCCGCCUGCCCCAAUGUCAGGAACAGCUUUGAGGACCCCUGUUCCCUCAGCGUGGAGAAUGAGAAGUACGCACAGUACUGGUGCUCACGGCUGACGGACGUCGAGGGACCCUUCGCCCACUGCCACACUGCUGUGAACCCCGCCACCUACUACUCAAACUGCAUGUUCGACACCUGCAACUGUGAGAAGAGCGAGGACUGCCUGUGCGCUGCGCUGUCGGCCUACGUGCGUGCGUGUGCUGCCAAGGGCGUGCUGCUGCACGGCUGGAGGAGUGGCGUCUGUGCCAAGCCCACAAGCACGUGCCCCAAGUCCCUGAUCUACCUGGAUUUCAUCAAUACCUGUCAGCCCACCUGCCGCUCCCUGAAUGAGGAGGACAUCACCUGCCACAUCAAGUUUGUGCCCGUGGAUGGUUGUGCCUGUGCCAAUGGCACCUUCCUGGAUGACUCGGGCAAGUGUGUGGCGGCUGCCAGCUGCCCCUGCUACUACCGGGGCUCGGCUGUCCCCAGUGGGGAGUCAGUGCACGAUGGCGGGGCUGUCUGCACCUGCACCCACGGGAAGCUGACCUGCAUUGGAGGCCACACUCCUACCCCAGUCUGCACUGCACCCAUGGUCUACUUCGACUGUCGGAAUGCCACACCUGGAGCCUCAGGGGCCGGCUGUCAGAAGAGCUGCCACACCCUGGACAUGGCCUGUUACAGCCCCCAGUGUGUCUCCGGCUGUGUGUGCCCUGAUGGGCUGGUGUCGGAUGGUGAGGGUGGCUGCAUUGCGGUGGAUGACUGUCCGUGUGUGCACAAUGAAGCCAACUACAAGCCAGGCCAGACUAUGCAUGUUGGCUGCAACACCUGUACCUGCAAGAACAGGAUGUGGCAGUGCACCCAGGAGCCCUGCCUGGCCACCUGCACCGUGUACGGGGACGGCCACUACAUCACCUUUGAUGGGCAGCGUUUCAGCUUUGAUGGGGACUGCGAGUACACGCUGGUGCAGGACCACUGUGGCAGCAACAGCAGUGGCCAGGGCUCCUUCCAUGUUGUCACUGAGAACAUCCCCUGUGGCACAACAGGGUCCACCUGCUCCAAGGCCAUCAAGAUCUUCCUCGGGAGCUAUGAGCUGAAGCUGAGUGGCGGGAAAGUGGAGGUGAUAGAGAAGGGGACUGGGCAGGCGGUGCCCUACUCCAUCCGCCAGAUGGGCAUCUACCUGGUGGUGGACACUGAUGUUGGCCUCGUGCUCCAGUGGGACAAGAAGACCAGCCUCUUCCUCAGACUCAGCCCCGAGUUCAAGGGGAAGGUGUGUGGACUGUGUGGCAACUUUGACGGCAAUGCCAUCAACGACUUCACCACGCGGAGCCAGUCCGUGGUGGGCGACGUGCUGGAGUUUGGCAACAGCUGGAAGUUCUCCCCAUCCUGCCCAGACACCCGCGCACCCAGGGACCCUUGCACCACCAACCCGUACCGCAAGUCCUGGGCCCAGAAACAAUGUAGCAUCCUCCUUGGUGCCACCUUCACCGCCUGCCAUGCCCAUGUGGAGCCCACCAAGUACUACGAGGCCUGCGUGAGCGACGCGUGCGCCUGCGACUCGGGUGGCGACUGCGAGUGCUUCUGCACCGCCGUGGCCGCCUACGCGCAGGCCUGCCACGACGCAGGCGUGUGCGUGUCCUGGCGCCGCCCCGACGUCUGCCCCCUGUUCUGCGACUACUACAACCCCCGUGGGGAGUGUGAGUGGCACUACCAGCCGUGCGGGGCUCCCUGCAUGCGGACCUGCCGGAACCCCAGCGGGCGCUGCCUGCAUGAUCUGCACGGCCUGGAAGGAUGCUACCCCAAGUGCCCGCCAGAGGCUCCCAUCUUUGACGAGGAUGAGAUGCAGUGUGUAGGCCAGUGCCCGACCCCGCCACCCCCGCUGCCCUGCCGCGUCAGGGGCAAGGACUACCGGCCUGGUGCCUCGGUGCCCUCCAAUGAGAACUGCCAUACCUGUGUUUGCACAGAGAAUGGUGUGGCGUGCAUCUAUGAUGCCGAGGCGUGCUUCUGCACCUAUGGUGGGCAGCGCUUCCACCCUGGGGCUGUCAUCUACCACACGGCUGAUGGCACUGGUUCCUGCAUCUCUGCUCGCUGUGUGGCCAAUGGUACCAUUGAGAGGAGCAUCGAAUUCUGUGACACCAGCACUGCACCCACUACCACCUUCUCCUUUUCCACCAGCUCAAAUGUCCCUCCCCUCUGCUUACCUCACACACACGCCCAACUGGGUGGCGUGGCUCUCCCCAGGCCAUGGCCCCAGCUGAGUGCACCUCCUCUUCUUUCUCCCACAGGGGGGAGUUCCCCUCGAACCACAGUGAGCACGGUUACCAGCAAGACCCUCUUGACAGCUCCAAUCAGCUCCCCAACAUUGACACCUGCCCCAGGCUGUGGGGAGCUGUGCCAGUGGACCCCAUGGCUGGAUGUCAGCCACCCGGGACAGGGAGCGGACAGUGGAGACUUCGACACGCUGCAGAACCUGCGUGCUCAUGGGUUCCGAGUAUGCCAGCGGCCCCGGGAGGUGAAGUGCCGGGCUGAGGGCAUGCCCAAUGUGCCACUGGAAGCCCUGGGGCAGCACGUUGAGUGUAGCCGGACGGUGGGGCUGAUCUGCUUCAAUAAGGACCAGACCUCAGGGCUCUGCUAUAACUACCAGAUCAGAGUGCUGUGCUGCUCCCCCGUGACCUGCCCCACCCCCAGUGGCAGCUCACCCCUUACCUCCUCUGCCAUCUCCAGCACAACCCAGACUACAGCUUCGUCCAAGACCAAGGUCAUUCCGUCCAAGACCACUCCAGGCCCUGAGCCCAAAACCAGCACUACAGCUAGCACAGUACCCACCCCGGGCACCUCCACACCCACUCCAGGCACCUCCAUGCCCACCCCGGGCACCUCCACACCUACCACAGCAAGUGUCUCGGCUCCCAGCCCAGCACCAACAGCCACUACAGAUAGGACGCCCCCUGGUGAGGUCAGCACACCCUCUUGUUUACAAGACAGGUGUAAGUGGACCAAGUGGCUUGAUGGCAGCUAUCCUGAACCUGGGAGAAACAGUGGCGACUUUGACACCUUCCAGAACCUGAGAGCCAAAGGAUAUCAUAUCUGUGAGCACCCCAGAGAGGUGGAGUGCAGGGCAGAAGAGUUCCCAGAAACGCCGCUGGCCCUGCUGGGGCAGCAGGUGAUCUGCAGCAAAACUGAGGGUCUGCUCUGCCUGAACAAGGAUCAGCUGCCUCCCAUUUGCUACAACUACGAGAUCCGCCUCCUCUGUUGUGAUGUUGUGGACGUGUGCGUAAAUGUCACUCACUCACCUGUGGGGCAGGUGGUCGAGUGCAACCCUGACGUGGGGCUGGUGUGCCGGAACCAGGACCAGACGGGAAAGUUCAAGAUGUGCUUCAACUAUGAGAUCCGCGUGCUGUGCUGUAAGCAUCACUGUCCUUCUCCAGUAACCACCACGGUCCCCAGCACCCCAACUGUGACUGUCACCAGCCCACGACCAGGAACCACAUCUGUGUCUACAACCACAGUAACAUCUCUUCCUGCAACCACCUCCACAUCUAUCCCUACGACGCCUACCAGCCCUGUUCCUGAGACGACCCACUCUCACAUUGUUUCUGAGACUGCCCAAUCCCAGCCCGUGACCACCACCUGUCCAAAACAGUGCACAUGGACCAAGUGGUUCGAUGUGGACUUCCCAUCCCCUGGGCCACAUGGUGGAGACAUGGAAACCUAUGACAACAUCAUCAGACGUGGAGAGAAAGUCUGCCGUAGGCUUGAGGAGAUCACACGGCUGGAGUGCCAUGCAGAGAACCACCCCGAUGCCAGCAUCGAGCAGGUGGGGCAGGUGGUUGAGUGCAACCCAGAUGUGGGACUGGUGUGCCGGAACCAGGACCAGACGGGCAAGUUCAAGACAUGCUUCAACUAUGAGAUCCGCGUGCUGUGCUGUGAGCACCAGGAUGGCUGCCCCAAUGUGACACACCCCACUGUGGCUACGUCCCCUCCAGAACCCACCACCGUCACUGCUCCCACAACAUCAGUCAGCUCCACAGUGCAGUCCACCUUGAUCUGCUACUGCGUUGUGGCCGACAAGCUCUACCCUGCUGGAACCACCAUCUACCAGGAGACAGACCUUGAUGGGCACUGUUACUCUGCUCAGUGCACGCAGGACUGCAACGUGGUCAGGCAUGCCAGCCACGACUGCCCAGCCACCACACUGACUCCCACACCACCACUGUCCCCUUCACCCAGCCCUGACCAUGGGUGCUCAGAUGUGGGUCCUCCAAGAAAGAAAGGUGAGACUUGGAACAUGCCCAACUGCACCCAGGCCACCUGUGAGGGCAACAAUGUCAUCACCCUGCACCCGCGGAAGUGCCCACCUGCCAGGGCGCUGACCUGUGCCAAUGGCUACCCAGCUGUGAAGGCGGUGGACGAAGACGGCUGCUGCCAUCAUGCCACAUGCCAGUGUGUCUGCAGCGGCUGGGGUGACCCCCACUACAUCACCUUUGAUGGCACCUAUUACACCUUCCUGGACAACUGUACUUACGUGCUGAUGCAGCAGAUCGUGCCCAAGUAUGGCCAUCUCCGUGUCCUCAUUGACAACUACUUCUGUGACGCCGAGGACGGGCUGUCCUGUCCCCAUUCCAUCAUUGUCGAAUACCAGCAGGACCAGGUCUUGCUGACCCGCAAGCCUGGUGGGGUCGGUGUCUCAGCCAACCAGAUCUUCUUCAACAACAAGAAGGUCCAGCCUGGCUUCAGGAGCAAUGGCAUCAUCAUCUCCCAGGUUGGCAUCAAGAUGUAUGUGAGCAUUCCUGCCAUCGGCCUGCAGGUCAUGUUCAGUGGGCUCAUCUUCUCAGUGGAGGUGCCCUUCAGCAAGUUCGCCAACAACACUGAGGGCCAAUGCGGCACCUGCACCAAUAACCAGAAGGAUGAUUGUCGAACGCCUUAUGGGACCGUGGCUACCUCCUGCUCCCAGAUGUCUCACGACUGGAAGGUGACAAGCCGCAACCAGUCUUCCUGCCAUGGGCCAUCUCCAACACUCCUGCCGACCACCCCAGACAAGACCAGCCCCACCCCGUGUACACCGUCACCAAUCUGCCAGCUGAUUUUCAGCAAGGUCUUUGAGCCGUGUCACCGCAUCAUUCCCCCACAGUCGUACUUUGAGGGCUGCGUCUUCGACCACUGCCACAUGACAGACUUGAAUGUGGUGUGCUCUGCCCUGGAGCUGUACGCCUCACUCUGUGCCUCACAUGGCGUGUGCAUUGACUGGAGGGGACGUACCAACCACUCCUGCCCUUUUAACUGUCCUCCCGACAAGGUGUAUGAGCCCUGCGGCCCGGUGAGCUCCACCUACUGCUAUGGAAAUGACAGCGCCAACCUCCUGGCCCUUCAGGACCCAGGGCUCUACACAGAGGGCUGCUUCUGCCCGCCAGGCCUGACGCUUUUCAGUGAGAGUAGCCCCGUCUGCGUGCCCAACUGUCAAUGGUGCCUGGGGCCAAACAGAGAGCCGGUGCAGCCAGGCCAGACUGUGGUCACCAACUGCCAGGAGUGCACCUGUGAGGGCAGCACCCAGACCCUGACCUGCCGGAAACAAACCUGCCCGCCACCCCCACUUUGCCACAGGCCUGGCCAUGUGCUGGUGCCACUGCCCCUGCAGGCCAGCCAGUGCUGUGCUGAGUACCAUUGUGUCUGCAACACCAGCUCCUGCCCCCAGCUCACGCCCUGCCCCAAGGGCUCGCACUUGGUCCCCACUAACAAGGAGGGGGAAUGCUGCCCCAGCGGGAUGUGCGUUUAUGACGUCUGUGUUGUCAACGGCACUUUGUACCAGCCUGGAGCCGUGGUCUUCUCCAGCCCAUGCGAGACUUGCAGGUGUCAGGCGACAGGAAACCCCGAGACAGACCCGUUCGUGGUGAUCUGCCAGACUCAGAUCUGCGAAAGCCACUGUCCUGCGGGCUUCGAGUACCGUGUGCCGGCGGGACAGUGCUGUGGCUCCUGUGUGCAGGUGGCCUGUGUCAUGAACACCCGUGACAACUCUUCCCACGUCUUCUACCCUGGUGAGACCUGGUCAGAGCCCGGAAACCGCUGUGAGACACACGAAUGCGAGAAGCACCAGGACGGGCUCGUGGUGGUGACAACAAGGAAGGCGUGCCCUGCGCUCCACUGCCCUCGGGACCAGGCCAAGCGCAGUGAGGAUGGUUGCUGCCUCCUCUGCCCACAGCCGUCCCAGAACAGGUCCACCUGUGCCGUGCACCACAAGCAGGAAGUCAUCCGGGACCGAGGCUGCAGCUCCAGCCAGCCCGUGCAGCUUGCCUACUGUCGAGGCAACUGUGGGGACAGCUCCUCAGUGUACUCCUUCGAGGCCAACAUGAUGAAACACAGGUGUCAGUGCUGCCGGGAGCUUCGGACGGCCCUGAGGAAUGUGACUCUGAGCUGCCUGGACGGCUCCACGAGGGCCUUCAGCUACCGCCACAUCGAGGAGUGUGGCUGCAUGGGCCCACAGUGCGACGCGCCAGGCAGCCCCAGCCACUCAGAGGAGUCGGAGUCUGAGCAGAGCAAAGAUGAAGGCGACAGGGAGGCGCUGGCGCAGUGGGACGGAGGGAAGGCCUCACUGGCCCCCAGGCACUGA